CAGCCCCCGCGAGCUUCCCCCUCAUCUCAUUCAUUCUCCCUUAACCGGCGCAGCAUUCCUCCUCCUUCAUGUUCAUGGUGUUCGUGGGAUUCGUUUGUGACCUUGGGUUUCGUUAGAUAGGUCGCACGCGGUAAUUGCUUUUUUUGUGGGUGUCGCUGGCACGGAGUUAGAGAGCGAAGACGGAGUGGGAUGGAGUUUGCCGGCGGGGCGGCAGCGACAAGCCUCCAGAGCGCAAGCAAUGGCAUCGUGCAUUGUGUAGGGCACGUGGGUUUGGGUGUGAAUGGCUGCAGAAGGAGAGGAGCUUCUGCGAGAGGAGGGGGGAAAUCUGUGGUGGUGUGUGCGAAAAUCGGGAAGGGGAAGAAGGGUACUGAGCAUGAGUAUCCAUGGCCCGAGAAAUUGCCCCAGGGGGAGAUUACUACAGGUGCUCUGAAGUAUCUCAAUCGCUUCAAGCCACUUGCCAACAAGCCGAAGCCUGUCACACUUCCCUUCGAAAGACCUAUUGUUGACCUUGAGAACAAGAUUGAUGAAGUUCGGGAGCUCGCCAAUAAAACUGGAAUGGAUUUUAGCGAACAAAUUGCCGAGCUUGAAGAGAGAUAUGAUCAGGUGCGUAGGGAACUAUAUUCGGCACUCACACCAAUGCAGCGCCUUAGUGUGGCUCGUCAUCCUAAUCGACCAACAAUGUUAGACCACGUUAUGAAUAUGACCGAUAAGUGGGUUGAGCUUCAUGGCGAUCGAGCUGGAUUUGAUGACCCUGCACUGGUCUGUGGUAUCGGGUCAAUGGAUGAAAUGAGCUUCAUGUUCAUUGGUCAUCAGAAGGGCCGAAAUACAAAGGAGAAUAUCUACCGUAACUUCGCAAUGCCAAUGCCAAAUGGAUAUAGGAAAGCUUUGCGUUUUAUGAGACAUGCAGAGAAAUUCGGUUUUCCUAUUCUCACAUUUAUUGAUACCCCCGGAGCAUAUGCUGGCAUCAAAGCUGAAGAACUUGGUCAAGGAGAAGCCAUUGCUUUUAAUUUGAGAGAAAUGUUUGGUAUUCGAGUGCCCAUCAUCGCAACAGUAAUUGGAGAGGGUGGGUCUGGAGGCGCACUUGCAAUCGGAUGUGGUAACAAGAUGAUAAUGCUUGAGAAUGCUGUAUAUUAUGUAGCAAGCCCAGAAGCAUGUGCGGCCAUUCUCUGGAAGACAGCCGCAGCUGCCCCCAAGGCUGCAGAAGCAUUGCGUAUUACUGCCAAGGAGUUGGCAGAUUUAAGUAUCGUGGACGAAGUUGUUCUGGAACCAGUAGGUGGUGCACACUCUGAUCCUAUUCAGACAUCCAAGAACCUGAAGGAGGUGAUCUUGAGGCAAAUGAAGGAAUUGAUGAAGAUGGAUCCAGAGGCACUGAUUCAGCAAAGAGCAGCAAAGUUCCGGAACAUAGGCGAAGUUGAUGAAAGUGGUGACGUGGAUCCUCAUAUCAAACGAAACAUGAAGAAGCGGGACGCACCAUUUAAAGAUGAUGAAUCCAGGAUGCUACCUUCUGGUAGUGAAAACGCGCAGAAGCCAGUGAGGGCAAACAGGGAGUAAGCAAACUCAUAUAUAUUCUGGGUGCAUCCAUAUAUUUUACACGUGAUACCUGCACCCUUUGACAGACUCAUGUGUUCCCAAAUCUCUUCCUCUCAUCUCGGAGGAUUGUACUGUAGUAGUCUUCCCUAGAUUUGAAUAUUUGGCAAGCUUAUUCGAUAUUUGAAUAGCAUCAGUGAGUGAUCGGUGAGCUAUAUCUGCUAUCUUGCCCGUCUCACCUUUGGAGCAUAGGAUAUUGCUGGGAGGCUCUGUUGUAUGGUUCAGUGGGCUGAAUGCUUUACCUUGUGCACGAUCAUGCCGACAGUCCGCAGUGAAUUCAAGAAUUCGAUCCCAGCCAGUCUAGCAUUGUAAAAUGUCCUUGCACGUACUAGUGUAUUCACUUGCAUUUUUGGAAGAUAACUUGGUGUCUAAAAAUCAGUACCUAGUGUGAGCAACAUACAGGAUGUCAAGCCAAUAAUGUGUCUAGGUCUAGUUAUUCUGCACGAUACUCGUAAUUUGGAAAACUAUGUUUUUUUGGUACUCAAUAGGGAAUUUAGUCUUAGUUUGUUCCUUGUUAUCUGGUUUAUAACAUGAUUAGUACAAUUUGAGUCUUAGUUUUCUUUA